GCUGCUCCCCACCAUUCCACUUGUGAAAUUGAAUGGAAGUGCUCCCAACACAGGGCUUGAACCCAGCUGAGAAACCACAAGAACUCCUUGGGAGCAAGAAAUCUACAGGAAUUUUGUGCUGGGAAGAACAUGAACUCUCACCGGAAAUCUGUCUGCUUUUGCAUCAGACGUCAAGCAGAAUCUGUGCAUUUCUAAAGUACCUCUCCCAGUGCAAAAAAGAUGAGAUCUGAAGAGAAGAAAUGUUUUGUGUUUCGGUCACAUGUCCUAAUUGCUUAGAGUAGUCAUUUUGAGGUUUUAAAGAUUCCCAAGAGGGAAGGUCCUUAUUUUAGAGAAAAUUUGACUCUGGAAAGAUGAACAACAGGAUCGUGUAGCAAGGGCUUCUUACAGGUCUCAGCUUCCUGUUCCAGUGUUGGCACUGGAUGAUCCUUUGAUUGCAGUAUCAUCAGCAGUUGCAGCUUCCAAAUGGUGGUUAGUGCUCAAGCGAAAGAAUGAAGAAAGAGGAGAAGGAGAGGAGGGGACGGGCAGGCAAAGAAGGAACACCUGCAAAAAAAGCAGUUUGACAGUUCAGCUGUUUGCAGACUAAUAACACAUUCUGUUACAUGGCAGAAAAAGGAGGGAAGACUGAAAAGAAAAGAGAGGAAGAAGAAAAAAAGCAAAGUCAAAAUGGAUCAUUCCUUCAAAUAUAAGUAUCACACAUGCAAAGGUUUUUGUUUUUUCCCUUAAAGUAACUCUGAGGCCUGGGGCUGAGAAGAUGGCUUCAAACAGCUUCCUGCUUUCUUGGCAUCUUUGGCUCCUUAUAAUUGGGUUUUCUUUGCUGUCUUUGGUAGACACAUAUGGGUUCAGUAAAUGUACACAGUAUGAAUUGGACAUUCAUCAUGUAUUCUGCAUUCGCAAGAAGAUCACCAACUUGACAGAUGCCAUUAGUGAUAUCCCUGGAUACACCACUCACCUCAACCUGACACAGAACCAGAUUCAGGUUAUUCCUCCCUAUAGCUUUACUAAUUUGACAGCUCUGGUGGACUUACGACUGGAGUGGAAUUCCAUUUGGAAGAUUGGUAAGAGGGCCUUUUGGGGACUUGAAAACUUGACUCUUUUGAAUUUAGUAGAAAAUAAGAUUCAAAGUGUGAACACCUCCUUUCAGGGCCUGUCUAACUUGGAAACCUUGCUCCUGAGCCACAAUCAAAUUACCCAUAUUCACAAAAAUGCCUUUGUCCCUCUUGUCAGGUUGAAAAGGUUAAGCUUAUCUCGAAACUUUAUUUCCAAUUUUUCUAAUGUUCUUGAAGCAGUUCAGCAUCUUCCAUGUUUGGAACAUCUUGAUCUCACUAACAAUAGCAUCAUGUCCUUGGACCAUAGCCCCACAUCAUUGGUCUCCCUGACCUAUCUGAGUCUGCAGGGGAACAAACUAAUGGAGUUAAACUUCUCUGUUUUGUCACUGCCUAAUUUGACCACUCUGGAUGUCUCUCGGAAUAGCCAUCAAGCUAUCCAGAAUGUGUAUCUAGAAACUCUGCCUCAACUGAAGAGCUUAAAUCUGAGUGGAGUACAGGUGCAGUUGGAGAUGCUUUCAGUCAAGCACUUGCAGAAUCUAAGGGAAAUUGACCUCAGUAAUGGGGAGCUUAGAAGUGGUCAUUUAAACUUGAGUACAGUGUGUCAUCUUCUCAGAAACUUACUCAUAUUAGAGACUUUGGUUUUUCAGAAAAAUGCCACUGAUGCAGGGGGAAUAAAGCACCUUGCCAACUGCACCAGGCUCUUGUUCCUUGACCUAGGCCAAACUAGUGACCUGGUUGACCUCAAUGACAGUGAAUUUAAUGCUAUGCCCAGCCUCCAAAGGCUGCAUCUAAACAAGUGCCAACUUUCCUUUGUCAGCAACAGGACCUGGAGUUCCCUCCAGAACUUGACGGCCUUAGAUCUGAGCCACAACAUGUUUAACAGCUUUCCAGAUUUUGCUUUUUCACCUUUGAAGUGCCUACAAUCUCUCUCUCUCUCUCGAAACCCCAUCACAGAACUCAAUAAUAUGGCCUUCAAGGGGCUGAAUUCAUUGAAGGAGCUCAAUUUGGCUGGGUGCUGGAUAGUGGCAAUUGACAGAAACUCCUUUGCUCAGUUUCCAAAUUUAGAGCGCUUAGAUCUUGGUGACAAUAAUAUUCGGACUGUGAAACGCAAAACUUUUCAGUCUCUGAAGAAGCUCCAAGUUUUAAUUCUCUCCAAGAACCGCCUGGAAAUUAUACAGAGCAGUGCAUUUUUUGGCCUCACUUACCUACAUAAUCUUGACCUGGCAUACAACAGCCUGCCAGGUGUUUCGGUAGAUUUUUCCUUGGGCUUUGAAAAUCUGAAAGUUUUGAAUCUUGGUUUUAAUAAAAUUACAUAUGAAACCACCAAGACCUUGCACUCCCCUCCAUUUAUGAAACUCAAGUCUUUGAAGCAACUCAACCUGGAAGGACAAACACAUGGGAUUCAGGUGGUUCCAACCAAUUUCUUCAAAGGGCUAAAUGGUUUGGAGGAGCUACGCCUAGGAAAAAAUCCCAUUGUAUUCCUGGACCACCUCCAAUUUGACCCCCUGAUUAAUCUCACAAAGUUGGAUAUCUCAGGAACAAAGGAUGGAGACCGAAGUCUCUAUUUAAAUACUUCUUUAUUUAAAAAACUCAAAAGAUUGAAAAUGCUGCGCCUUGAAAAUAACAACUUAGAGUCACUGACUCCAGGCAUGUUCUCUGGCUUAGAAAGCCUUCAGGUCUUCUCUUUAAGGUUCAACAACCUAAAAAUCAUUAAUCAAAGUCAUCUGGAGAAUCUAAAGUCUUUGAUGUACUUCGAUCUUUAUGGGAACAAACUUCAGUGCAACUGUGACAAUGUAUGGUUCAAGAACUGGUCAACAAACACACCAAAUGUUCAUAUUCCCUACCUACGGAGCUAUUCCUGUCAGCAGCCAAAUACCCAGAGUUUGUUGGUAGAUUUUGAUGAUACUUUGUGUAAUUUUGACCUGGGAAAGGUUUACUUCUUCUUUUCCUUUAGUUUGGUCCUCACAACCAUGCUCUUCUCUUGGUUCAGUUCCAAGUUAGCUUCAUCUCUACGGUAUGGAUUCUACAUAUUUAGAGCAUGGUAUCUAGCCAAAUGGUACAGAACAGAGAAGAAGUUCAUCUAUGAUGCUUUUGUCUCUUUCACUGCUACUGAUGAGCAGUGGGUAUAUAAGGAACUUGUUCCAGCCCUGGAAGAAGGUGGUAAGCCCACUUUUAAGCUCUGUCUUCACCAUCGGGACUUUGAGCCAGGUACAGACAUCUUUGAGAACAUCCAAAAUGCCAUCAACACCAGCCGUAAAACUUUGUGUGUAGUCAGUAACCACUACCUGCACAGUGAAUGGUGUAGGCUUGAAAUACAGCUAGCUAGCAUUAAGAUGUUCUAUGAUCAUGAGGAUGUUAUUAUUUUGAUCUUCUUGGAAGAGAUCCCAAACUAUAAACUAUCCAGUUACCACCGACUUAGGAAACUUGUGAAUAGGCAGACAUUUAUCACUUGGCCACAAAAUGCCAAUGAGAGGCCACUCUUCUGGGCUCGAAUUAGAAAUGCAUUGGGUAAUAAAACUGUGGAGAAAGACAAUGCACAGCUAAUUGUGGCUGAGUGACUGGAAGUCUUAUGACCUCAAGUUCAACUGUUUAAUAUUGCCCAAUGGGACCAGCAGUUAGUGUAAUGGCUAUGUCGCUGGACUCCCAUGUAGUACACCGCGGUUCGAGUGCUGGACCUGGUGGCUUAAACU